UCGCCAUUGCACUAUUUAUUAUCCUCCCCUAUCCUUCAACCUUUCCUCCCCUUCUCUCUCGUUUGUUCCUAGCACUUCUUUCUCUUCACCAUGCAACAAGGAGAGGUUGCCAGCAUUCACUACCUUUCACCUUCCAAUCCACUUUCUUCUCCAGCCCAUUACGGCAUGCCUCAGAACUGCGUCACCUCCUUCGGUUGUGGAAGUCUCUUUGGACCUCGUCUGGCACAGCUCCAGGCCGUGCCAAUGAUGCACGACCUCGGCCUUCCAAGCUCCUGUUUCGGUUCUGGUGCAACCUCAGAUGAGGCAGGUGACCACCAAGCGAGCUUGGCGGAGGAGAGGAAGAAGAGGAGGAUGAAAUCCAACAGGGAGUCGGCUCGCCGGUCGCGGAUGAGGAAGCAGAAGCAGCUGAGUGAGCUGAGGUCGCAGGUCAUGUAUCUCCAGUCGGUGCACCGCCGGCUCCUCGACCAGCUAAACCGUGUGAUGAGACAGCGUGAUGAGAUCAACUCCGAGAAUGAGAAGCUGAGAGAUGAGAACACUGAGCUCCGGAGGAAACUUGAGAACCUUGCAGCGAAUUGAUUUAGCUUCCUUCUUCUUCCACUGGACCAGAUGAGUGACAGGCCACUGCAACUACAGGAUUGCUUCGACGAGGGGAGAGGGCUCGUUUUUCGUGUUCUUCCUUUACUUUCUUGUGCGGCAUGAGCAUUAGCCUGUCUCAAACAAUUCCACCUAAUUUGAGUUGCAUGAUCUAACAAGAUUCAGAAACACUGACCUGAUCGAUCUGCAUCCACUAAAAUCACAAGUUCAAGAGCAAUUAUAGACUGA